GCAACACCUCGAGGGAAGCAAGGCAAGGGGAAUGAUGGUUUCCUCGUCAGCUCCCUAAUGCAAAGCGAGGAUGGCCGCCCCGGGCAGACAGGUGCUGCCCGCAUGUGUGCGACCUCGUCCAUUCUCCAGUCGGAAGAUGAGUCGCCCCGGAGCGCCGUCGCAAUGCGACGCAGCGCACGCCUGCCGACGCAAGACAACAAUGAGCAGAGUUCGGACACCGAUGUCCAGAUUUGGACAACAACCAGCACGCCAAGGCCCCCCUCGGAAAGCAGCCCGAAGAAUGCCCGCGCAAAGUCACGGGCCAGGACUAUGCCAGAGCGCCCCGGCACGACUCCUCGGACCACCAGGCCGCAACCAUCCAUGGAAAGUGAGGAUGCGAGGAUGCCAACCGAGUUUGAGAGGAGUAUAUCCGGCGGCGGACGGCCAGCAACCAGCGGCAGCAUGUCACCGAGGAAAAACGGUGCCGAGAAGGGGCAGAAGAAGCGUGUUGCAACGGAGACAAGGGUCAACCUGCCCAUGCUCAUGUCCACCAAGGAUGACAUGCCUUCACCGGAUACCAGCCCACAGAAUGCCUCCAGCAGGGAGAACAGGAAGCCCAUGUCCUUCGUCGACGUUUCGAUGGGGUGCAUUGGCGAAGCCAUCCAGGAGGACUUUCCGGGCGUAGACUGGCUGCCCGACUUCUGGAGCAGCAUUCUCCUCGGCGCCCCCACAGCUGUGUGCAAGACCUUGGCAUUGAGGUCCCUGGGAAAUUGGGUUGGCGUCUUCAACCGCUGGCAAGAGAUCGGCAAGUGGGUGCCGGGACAGGCUCCCAACUUCAUCAACGCUUUCGAGAUGCAGGAGCUCCUUGCAAUUCCCAUGCCGAAGGUGUUGGAGUUCGUGAAACUUUUCGACCCCAGCGGGUACGCCAAGCUCCAGAUGAUGAAGUCCGCUCAGGACUACAGCAAGGUGAGGCUUAACAUGCCUGCCUUCCUGACCGCCUGCAUUUGGAUGUCCACUAGUAUCUCAAAGAAGCAAAAGAUACGGUUCCUUUUAGGUGUGUUCGAUGAGAACGACAGCUAUACCUUUGAGGAGGUAGAGUUCGUGGCCAUGCUGGUCGCCCUUUUUCGCGGAGUGGGGGCAAUUUUCGGACUGGUGUCGCGCGACGCCAUGCCCUCCCACAUCCGAAUGCAAGCACUGGCCAAGAAACUUUUCGCCAGGGUGCUUGAACUCGGUGAGAGUCGCACUGAAGGAGCCAGCAAGGUCCUUCUAGCAAACGGUUCGGUGCCAUUCCACGUGGUCGAGGAGUGGCUGCUAGGCGAGACCUACGAUCCACUGAACGUACCGGUGGCGCUCUUCAUGGAGCGGUAUUCAGUUCCUGGCCAAGAAGAAGAUCCUGAGCAGUUCGAGGAUGAAGAGAGGAAGUUUCGCGUGUCGCACACGUGCCCGGUCGAUCCUCCUAUGGAAACGGCUGCGUCGCUGGAUGGCAGCUUUUUGAGCCGUGACGAGGUGGUGUUGGUCAACGAAAUCUUUAAGCAUUGUGCAUCUCAAGGCAGCUUCAGCAUUUCCCACGCGGACGCAGAGCGAGCCAUCGGAAUCGCCAUCGACCCGAGUUUCUGGAUUGGCAAGCUGCAUCGUGCGCUUGACGAAAUGGACGAUUCCCGCCUGAAUGGUGCGAAAAUGACCUUGACCACCUUCCUCAAGAAGCUGUGCCCACAGGCGGCACCGCGGCACCUGCGCAUGUUCCACAGCUGGCUGAAGGAGCAUGAGCAGAUUGACGAGCUGCGCGCUGCAUUGGCAAGGAGACGCGGAAAGCUGGCCGAGUUUAAGGUGUACAUCGCCAAACCGCCGCUUCCGGCGAAGAUCCGCCAGGAGCUCCUUGGAGGCCUCGAAUCGGGGUCGGGCAGCACGUCCCCAGCAGGGCGUGCCCGUGGCUACAGCGGACAGGAUGAAGGAGUCUUGUCCGAGAACAAAGAUGACUACCUCGAAAGAAUGUGCCCGAUCGAGUUCCGAGCCCAUCCUGGACACUCCAAGGUGGAUGACAUGUUCGGCUUGCUCUUGCAGACCCUAGUGAGCAAAGCUGAGGUGGCCCUGUCGCAAAAGGAGCGCCUCUUUGUCCCGAAGAAAGCCUACGAGCCACCCACCUGCGUUCGCGAGAUGUUCGUGAAGCCCAAGGUCUCUGAAGAGAAGUGGCAGCAAUGGAACCAAGCGCUGGACUUGCUUCAGGUGUCAGACAAGCCCAUGCCGCUGUCGGAGUUUCAUAGUUGCAGAAGCACUCAUCCGGAACUGGAGCCCUACGUGUACGAGUCUCUGGUCGGAGGGGCGGACGGGCUCACACGCGAAGUCUGCCUAAGCAAGAUGUGUGAGCUGACCAACUGCCGGGGGCGCAUGGCCCGGCGUUGUUGA